GUGCGCUUUUACGCACGGCCACUGCCGCCUGGCUCGCCGCCUCUCCGCUACCUGCCCAGCCGGGGGAGCGGCCAGCCAGGCGGGCGAGCCAAUGGGAGCCACCCCGCGGGGCCGCGCCUGGGAGGCGGCCGGGCCAUAAAGGCAACGUGCCUGUCAUCGGGGCCAGCCGGCUUGCUGGGGCGUCGGGCAUGGCCGAAGUGAAUGGGACGGUGACCAACGGGCAGCCGGAGGCCAAGGGCGCUCCGCAGAUCCCCCGGCCCGUCAAGAACCUCGAGGUCCAAUUCACCAAGAUAUUUAUCAACAAUGAAUGGCACGAAUCCAAGAGUGGGAAGAAAUUCCCAACCUAUAGCCCAUCGAGGGCUGAGAAGAUCUGUGACGUGGAAGAAGGAGACAAGGCUGAUGUGGAUAAAGCUGUGGAGGCCGCAAGAGCCGCCUUCCAAAGGGGGUCGCCGUGGAGGCAACUGGAUGCCACCAGCCGAGGGAGACUCAUACACAAGUUGGCCGAUCUCUUGGAGCGUGACAGAGUUGUGUUGGCGACCUUGGAAACAAUGGACACGGGGAAACCAUUUCUCCAGGCUUUUUUCAUUGAUUUGGAAGGAUGCAUAAAGACGCUUCAAUAUUAUGCUGGGUGGGCCGACAAAAUCCAGGGGAAAACCAUACCUGUGGAUGAAAAUUUUGUCUGCUUCACCAGACACGAGCCCGUGGGAGUUUGCGGGGCGAUAACACCGUGGAAUUUCCCAUUGCUCAUGCUGAUCUGGAAGAUGGCGCCAGCUCUAUGCUGCGGGAACACACUGGUGGUCAAACCUGCGGAGCAGACACCCCUUACAUCCCUGUACCUGGGGUCUUUAGUCAAGGAGGCGGGCUUCCCACCAGGGGUUGUUAACAUUGUACCAGGAUACGGGCCGACUGCAGGGGCUGCAAUUUCCACCCAUCCUAAUGUUGACAAGAUAGCUUUUACUGGAUCGACAGAGGUUGGCAAGUUGAUCAAAGAAGCUGCCUCAAAAAGUAACCUCAAGAGGGUGACACUGGAGCUUGGUGGGAAGAAUCCUUGUAUCGUCUGUGCAGAUGCUGACUUGGAUUUAGCCGUCAACUGUGCCCAUCAAGGGGUUUUCUUCAAUCAAGGCCAGUGUUGCACAGCUGCUUCCAGGGUCUUUGUGGAAGAGUCGGUCUACCCAGAAUUCGUCAAGCGCAGCGUAGAAUAUGCCAAGAAACGGCUCGUGGGGGACCCGUUUGAUGCCAAAACUGACCAAGGGCCACAGAUUGACCAAAAACAGUUCAAUAAAAUCUUGGAGCUCAUUGAAAGUGGAAAGAAGGAAGGGGCCAAGCUGGAAUGUGGUGGUUUGGCCAUUGGAGAUCAAGGCCUGUUCAUCAAGCCUACCGUUUUUUCGGAGGUCACCGACACCAUGCGCAUUGCCAAAGAGGAGAUUUUUGGACCCGUGCAACCCAUAAUGAAGUUUAAAAACCUCGAAGAAGUCAUUCAGAGAGCCAAUAACACGGAAUAUGGACUCACUGCUGCAGUGUUUACGAAGAACUUGGACAGAGCUUUGACAUUGGCUUCAGCGCUACAAUCUGGGACUGUCUGGGUCAACUGUUAUACUGCCCUUUACGCACAAGCACCCUUUGGUGGCUUCAAAAUGUCAGGCAAUGGCAGAGAACUUGGUGAAUAUGCUCUGGCGGAAUACACAGAAGUGAAAACCGUGACCAUCAAAAUAUCUCAGGAGACUCAUUGAGUGAAAAAACACCAGAAGAUCUAAAACUCUGACACUCUGAAUGUUAAUGUAUGGACUGAGGGGGGUGAGUGGGAAAUGUGCUAAAAUUCACAGAGAGAAUGAAAGUCAACUCUUUAAAUAAAACAAUGGGGGGGGGGGACAAACCCAUAUGAUUUGUUGUUCUUCGGGCCUUGCUACAUAAAUUUGUCCUGUCAAUUACAUAUUCUGAAAUUAACUAGCUUCAGAAAUUAUUGUAACGUGCAUAACUACAGGCGGCUCUGUAAUUUAAACCUACACCAAGAUCAACAGGCAGGGAACAUAGUCAUGACUGAAGACAUAACCAAGACUUUUGCUGUAGGUAUAGGUCAAUAUGCCGAUGACGCCACUGCCACCCACCCACCCCCGACCCCAGAGGCUGUGCCUUCUAACAGUGGCAAUAUCCGCCCCCUACAAAUCUCAUAUGCUUUUUUCUGACCCUUUUACGAUCUGUGUUCCAUUUUUUAAAAAAACCUGAUACACAAAGCACUUUGCCCAAAACCUCUCUCUCUUUUUCAUAUUUGGUAUAGCUGGUAUUUUUUGAGCAAUUGAGGUUGCAUUUCCUGGCUAUUUUGCACCUUCAGGAGAGGCAAAUCCAGCAGUUCCGAUCAUCAUUCCUCCUUCUGCUCACCCAUUUUUCUUCCACUUGGCCUCACUUUGGGGUUCUAAUCUCCUGCGAGCAAAUCAUUACACUUUCCCCCCAUGAAGUAAAGUUCCCCUAUUCAGAGGAAUCUAUGUCUUCUCGUCCUCCACUGCCAACCCUAUUUACCAUACUUUUUUAAAAAAAAAAAUGUACAUUUUUAUUUUUGGAGUAAACUUUAGUAAAGGAGCUCAGCAUCCUUUACUGUUGUGAGACAUUGUAUUUUUAAAAAAAUGGUGAAUGAAGUGUGAAUAAGGCUCCAGUUCUCUGGCACAUCAGCCUGGUGUAGCGAGCCAGCGUGGUGUAGUGGUUAAGAGCAGGUGGACUCUAAUCUGGAAAACCAGGUUUGAUCCCCCUCUCCUCCACAUGAGUGAUGGACUCUUAUCUGGUGAACCAGAUUUGUUUCCCCAUUC